AUGUCUACAAGUAAAAGCCGCUCCAAUACAAUAUCAAAUAAUGGCAGUACAAGUAAUACUGGUGCAACAACAAACAGUGGUGAUACAAAUAAUAAUGUAAAUAAUGACAAUGAAGCCCAAGUUAUAAAUCAUUGUUUUGAAAAAUGCACAUUAAAUCACUAUACAAUAUGCCAUCACUGCAACAGACAAAUAUUAGGUAUUAAUAAUGUUUCACACAUUUGUGGUAAUUGUUCAUUAUACUUUCAUUCAAGAUGUGUUGAUGAAAUUAAAAAGAAAAAAUUGGAGAAUAAAUGUUUAGGACCUCCAAAACAAAAAAAAGUUUGGAAAAUUGCCUUGAUUCCCAGUUUAUUCAAGAGUAUAUUUUCAAAAUCUUCAUCAAGUGUUAUAUUGGGGUAUGGACAACAAUUAGUUGAUGAAAAUACAUUUACAAGAGAAACAAUUAAAAUUUGGAUAGAUUUAAUGAGAGUUGAAGAUGACAAAUAUAUAUUUAAUUCAAAAUACUAUGAUAUUUUUGAUAAUUUAAAAAUAUCAGAAGAACUAUUCGAUUUUUUAAUUAGUAUGAUUUUAGGCGAUGAUAUAAAUCCAUCAUUAAUAAAGCUUGAUUUUCCAGAAACCCUCAGUCCAAACUAUUCAAUUUUAAAUCAAGAAUUAAAUAAUGGUACUAUUAAUAAUACUAAUAUCAACAACAACAACAAUAACAAUAAUAAUAAUAAUAGCAAUAAUAAUAAUAAUAAUAAUAAUAAUAAUAAUAAUAAUAAUAAUAAUAAUAAUAAUAACAAUACAUUAGAUAUACCAUUUUCACCAAAAUCUUUAUUUAGUUCAUUAGAGUUAUCAGCAAACUCUAGUGUAUUAAAUGGCUAUGAUAUGUCAGAUAUUGAAAGAGAUGACUACACAAAUACAAUUAAUAGUAGUAGUUAUAGUCAACAUAAAGCAAAUUUAGAAGCAUUAAGAUCAGUUAGCUACUAUAGUAACUUUAGUAACUCGACCAAACUAACCAAUACUUCAACUGGCAAUGGUAAUAUCUCACCGAGAUCCUCACCCCCAUCGAUUGGUACCAAUACACCAACAACUACAACUACUACAGCAACUACAACAACCACAACUACUACAAAAAAGAAUAGAAAGAACCAAAGCUUUAAUAAUGGUACCAUUAAUAGUACGAACUCCAAUAACUCAAUAAAAAGCGGUAGAGGAAAGAGUUCAAAUAGAAUGAAAACAUUAAAAAGAGUUCCUACAAUAAUAAUUAGUAAGAGAAUCAAAUCACAGAGGAAUAGAUUAAGCCGUGCCUACUUAAUAAGUGAUCAAUAUAAAUGGUGUAGUCAAAUGAUAGCCCUAAAUAUUUUAUAUAGAGUUAUGUUUAACGAAAAGAAUAUGAAUUAUUUCUUAAAUGACUACAAUAUGGUAUCAUUAGGUAUGCUUUAUCAUGUAUUUAUUGAAAGAUUAAAAAGCGUUACAUUAGAAAAUGACAUUACAAUAAUGAAAAAUAAUUGUAAAUUGUUAUUAUCCAUCUUAUUUAGAUUAUUAGAUUUUGAAACAAUAUUAAAAGUCAAUUCAGAGAAAUUUAUAAUAGGUAAAACAAAAUUAUCAAAAGAUGAAGUUGAAAUAUUUGAAAAAGUGGUAUUAUUGAUAGCAAAAUAUUUUCAUUUAGAGCCAUAUCACAGUUUAAUCGAAAGAAAUCCAGAGUGGAUAGAUAUGCUUAUUAAUUACAGUUGUCAACAUAGAGUGGGCAUUCUAAACAAAGAAAUUAGUCUUGGGGAACUUAUUUUUGAUCAUGAAAUUUAUAACUCACCAUUAUGUAUUGUAUACAAAGGUAACUACAAUGGAAUGGAAGUAGCUGUUAAAGUAUUUUCUAAUGAGAGUUUGGUUUUUGAUUGGACAUCAAUCUUUAAAGAAGUCACUAUUAUUUGUGCAACCCAACACCCAAAAGUUGUAAAAUGUUAUGGUGCCAAUACACUUACAAACAAACCAUUUAUUGUCACCGAAUUAUGUAGUCGUGGUACUUUAUUGCACGCUAUUAAAAACGAAAAACCACCCCCAUCAAUACCUUUAUUAAUCAAUAUGGCGAUCGAUGCUUCUCAGGCUUUAGAGUUUAUUCAUUCAAAAAAUAUAAUCCAUCGUGACGUUAAACCCGAUAAUUUUUUGGUCAAUGAUAAUUGGGAAGUUAAAUUAAUCGAUUUUGGUGUAUCUCGUUUCAUGCAAUUUCGUUUAAAUAUGACUUUGGUGGGCACACCUGUAUAUAUGAGCGAAGAAGUGCUCUCUGGUAACCAAUAUCAACAAUCUGCUGACGUAUAUUCAUUUGGAAUAGUACUUUGGGAAAUGUUCACUCAGAGAAUUCCUUUCGAUAACAUGUCUCGCGUUGAACAUUAUGUUUUCGUUCAAGGUGGGGGAAGACCACAUAUUCCCGAUACAUUACCUCCAAAAAUCUCAUUCCUAAUCCAAAAUUGCUGGCAAUCAGAUGCUGAUAGAAGACCAACCUUUAGGGAAAUUUUAGAUAUUUUUUAUUCAAUUUUAAACCCACCACCAGAUAAUGACCAUUUAGUACCAGUAGUAACUCGUCUUUUAAACUCUCAAAUCAUUCAAUUAAAAGUUUUAAAAUAUUUGGAUACCCCUUCACUAUUAAACUGUGGUUUGGCCUCACGUCAACUAAGACAUAACCUUUAUAAUGGUAUUACUGUUGAAAAACCCUCAUUUAAAGAUUAUUGGAUAAGACUAUUAUCACUAUCAAAAUCUAAUUUUAGAAAUUCAAUUGAUAAACCAUUUAAUAACAAUAAUAAUACUAUUAGUAAUAACAAUAAUAACAGUCCCUCUAUUCAUUUAGAAAGCAAUACAAGUAGUAGUAGUCAAAAUCCUUCAAUUAUUGGUUCACCAGUAUAUUGUAUUCAUCCAUUUUCACCAUCAGCCCAAUCUCCCCAAAUUACAUCUGAAUCCUAUCCCCUAUCACCAUCUUUGGUUAUGCCAUUCUCUUUUCCAAAUAAUGUUGAAGUUGAUCAAAUCGAUUUCAAUAAGGAUAAAAUUUCAGAUUCAAGCAGUAAUAGCAAUUUAAACAAAAGUAAAAAUAAUACAGAACUAAAUAACAGCAAUAUAAAUAACAAUGGCAAUCAAAACAGUGAAAGUAAUAAUACUAAUCAUAAUGACAACAACAUUAAUAGUAAUACAAAAGACAAUAUCGAAGUUGUAAAUGAUUUUGAUGAUGAUAGUAUAAUAAUUAAUGGUGAUGCAAGUAAGAAUCAAAUUAUUCAGACCCAUUUUGAAUCAGAUUCAUCAAAUGAAAUUUCAGAUACAGAAGAAGAAGAACACUCAAUUAAAAGAUCAUAUACCCGACUCCCUCAAAUUCAUGAACCCUCCAUUGCUCCAUCAUUAACACUAUCAACCUCUCAAAAUGGCACCAAUAAACAAUUUCAAAUUUCACCUGCCAUAUCUGCAAUAUCACCUGUUAUUAAAGGGGAAUACUGCCAAUACUGUGCCUUUAAUGCCGAUUACUGGGGAAAGCAAUAUCACGAAAGUCUAUUUCUGGAAGACGAUCAAAGAUAUUAUCGUGAAAGACUACAUGGAUCACAAAAUUAUGAAAAAUUUGCCCUAGAAGAGGAACAAUUACAACAAAAACUACAACUAUACCAACAACAAAUAAAACAACAAAAACAACAUGAACUACCAUAUCAACAACAACUAGAACUAGAACAUCAACAGAAACAACAACUACGUCAACAACAACAACUACAAACACAACGACUAUACCAGCAACAUGAACAAGAACGACAACAACAACAACAAUUUCAAAGAAUGCAACAAGCACAACUAUUUCAUCAAAUUCAACAACAACAUCUACAACAACUUGAACAAAAAAAACAACAAAAGCUACAAAUACUACAACAACAAAGACAACAACAUUUUUUUAGUAGAUUCUUUUAA